AUGUGCCAAACAGGUGAACCUAUCACCGUCCCAGUCACGAUCAAAUGUCAUGCGGUCGAGUCCUCUUCUCUCAAACGCGCCCGCGAUUUCGUUCCACUGCGCUCCUCCGCCGGUGCUCUGGCCUCGAAGACUGACACCGCCAUCAGAUACGAUUACCUCUUCAAGCUGCUGCUUAUCGGUGACUCCGGCGUUGGCAAAUCUUGCCUUCUGUUGCGAUUUGCCGAUGACACAUACACUGAGUCAUACAUCUCUACGAUUGGCGUCGAUUUCAAAAUCCGAACAAUCGAACUCGACGGAAAGACCGUCAAACUCCAGAUUUGGGAUACCGCCGGUCAAGAACGAUUCCGAACCAUUACAUCCUCCUAUUACCGCGGCGCACAUGGCAUUUGCGUGGUUUACGACGUAACGGACAUGGAUUCAUUCAACAAUGUCAAGCAAUGGCUGCAGGAGAUUGAUCGCUACGCCACCGAGGGUGUCAACAAGCUGCUCGUCGGCAACAAGAGUGAUAUGUCAGACAAGAAAGUGGUCGAGUACACCGUGGCAAAGGAGUUCGCCGACAGCCUCGGAAUUCCCUUCUUGGAGACUUCGGCCAAAAACGCGUCCAACGUCGAACAGGCGUUCUUGACCAUGGCUCGACAAAUCAAGGAGCGCAUGGGAACAACCACAGUCAACAACAAGCCCACUGUUCAAGUCGGCCAAGGUCAGGGCGUUCAGUCAGGAUCCGCUGGCGGUUGCUGUUAG